CUAAUGGUUAUGAUAUCUCGUUCACAACUUGAACUUUGAUCCGAGAUGGUUCCCGGUUCGAUCCCGGGCGCGACUAAUUUUUUUUGUCUUUAUUUUUUUUCGCCCCUGGCGGUGCUUGGUUUAGUGGUUUUGGUCAACAUUGGACAUUUGUGUUCCUUUUUUAUUUAUUUCAAGUUUCUAUUUUGUUUGUACGUUAUAUCCAUUAUUGAUUCUGCGGUGGCCGCGUAAAGAGAAAUACGUACGGUUUGUUUUUCUGGGCAAACGAAAGUCAUGAUAUAUUUUGAGUCAUAUACACCCAGUACCAACUACUUUAUACACAAGUAAACCAUACA